UCCUAUUUUCGCCACCAGCCAUUCGAGUCUCGCUCUCAUGGCAGCCUCGCCAUGCCGCCCUUGGGAAUACCGUCCGCUGCAUUCCUGAUCGCGUGCUGACCUGACCGGACUCAACAACGCCUCGCUGCGCUUACGGGUUCCCGAAUUCUUGCUCUUCGCAAGCCAGCCCAGCCUAUCCCCUUGGGAAUGCCGCCGUUCCGCGGCACUCUUGAGAUUUCCCAUCUUGUCUGCUUUUGAUUCCGUCUCCACCUGCGCUUCCUUCUCAACCGUCUCGCCGCGUCGCGUCGCUCCCGCCCAUGACGAACCAACGAUCGACCAAGCAACGAUCGACGGCGCCGCUGGACGUUGUAGCAGAGGCAGCGGAGAUCGCGGCGGCAGAGGAGGUCGCGAUUGUCCUUAUCGCGGCGACAGAAAAUGCUGCCGCCAGAAUUGACGACGCUGACGUGGCAGGCCAGGCGAUUCGAGAGCCUCCUACUGCCGGAUCGGCCUCGGCUCCCCCGUCCAUGUCUAUCCGCGCUGUCAGCCGACGCGCCUCGGGGAGUACUCCUAAGGACGUGACACGUGGCAGUAGAGCGGAGCAGCAGAGACGAGGAAAGAGCGGCAAAUCGGGGAGUAAGAGGAUAGUCCCUAAGGUGAAGUUAGCAAACCAAUCAGAGCGAAGGGAGCUGAUGCGAGGGACUCUGUCGACGGGGAGGCGGCCUGUGCUGCCACGUGGCGCAAUGCAGUUGGUGGUAGAUCCGUACAACCUGUGGGGGAGCAGAGUGGAGAGUAAGAAGGUUCCUCUGAAGCCGUUCUUCGUGCGAUACGGCGACACGCUGGCUGCCCUCGCUGCUCGAUUCAGUGUGACUAUACGCGAGCUGCAGAGAAUAAACGGCAUGCAGUCAGACGCCCUAUAUGAAGGCUCGACUCUGCUCGCACCCAGAGGCGCCAUCACCCCCCCGCUGCCUGACGUGCGUCCCGGUCUCCGUCGCACCAACCGCCUGCUCUUCUCGCGCCCAUGGGUCCGCCCACCAGCUCUCGGCCAUCUACAGCACGACACCUGGCGCUACCACCCCGGCACUCGGCACCAGCCCAACCAGGCCAAAGCGCGGUGGGAUGAGGCACGGAGGAAGGGCUUUCAUCGCCUGCUGCACGGGUGGCUGCCCCUGCGGUCCCCCAUGGAGGGGUGCUCUGAGAGGUUUGUCAGCAGCCAUUUUGGUCCUAGAUGGGGGUCAUUUCACAUCUGCAGCUCACCCAUUUUCUGCCCUCUCCUGAAAAAAAUCCUCCCCUGACCUGACCACCCCCACUUGCAGUUUUGUCAGCAGCCCCUUUGGACCAAGAUGGGGGUCGUUUCACCGAGGCGUUGACCUGGCAGCAGAGGAGGGCGAGCCAAUUCGAGCUGCGCGCAGUGGAGUGGUGGACCACGUGGGGGAGAUGGACGUCUACGGCAAUCUGGUAACGCUGAGGCAUGAGGCGGGCGUCACCACCCUCUAUGCGCACUGCUCCAAGAUGCUCGUGCAGGCCGGCCAGAGGGUGCAUGCAGGCCAGGUGGUGGCGCUGGUGGGCAACACGGGCAGGUCCAUGGGGCCACACCUGCAUUUUGAAGUGCGUAGGGACGGUGAGCCGUUUGAUCCUUUCCUCUGGUGCAAUAUAUGAGGGUGGCUUUUAUCGGACUCAUCGAUUUUGUACAGUUUUGGCAGCACCUGUUUGUACUCGUGCUUGAGUUGUAGAUUUUACUGGUGUAGAUGCAGGGUUGUAUCGCGCUGGAAAACAUUACCGUACCCAAAAAUUUGCAGAAGCUGUCAUGUCAUUCUGUAAAAUGUGAAGAAAUUUUGUUUCAAGUUUAUUAAUCUUGAAACUGCCCUUCUGGUAACCCAGUUCCGCAAAACGAGAGGGAAAACUAAGAUCGCGCACCAAAAAGACGGGAAACAUGUGAUAGGCGUGCGCCACCCCCAGCCAAUUCCGCCCCUGCCCCCGAUACACCAGGCGUUUGAGCGGAAAGAAACUUGAAACAUGCGC